AUGAGACGGCCGCUCCCCCGGGUCUCCAGCCGGUGUCUGGCGCCCCCCCCCUGGACCGGGGGUGCUAUCCCGGUCUGCACAAGCAACGGCCAUGACGCUAAGCUGAGCCGAAUACUAACACCCUGCUGCGGAACACUCUCCGGCAGCAUCCCCCAAGAUGGCCGCCGAACACCAGCUCCAUGUGUGACCUGCCAGCAAGAAGGAGCCUGCCACAGAGGAAACUAUCCACCGUCAUCUGACUACCACAGCUACUCACCCCAGGUAUGUGUCGACUGCCCACACUGAGCUGACCUAGGGGAUGCUAGCAAUACAUACCUUGAGCGGAACAACACACUUUUGUGUCUCUGGAGGACACCAUCAUUCCUUCUGGGGCCCGCCUGGGAGACGACAGCAAUGGCUGCAUCCAGGAUCCUCCUGUGAGGCGCAACGCAUCCAUCAGAGCAAGCAGCCCGCCAUCACUGGGUGUGGACUAA